AUGGCUGUAAAAAAUUUGAAUCUUGAGCUGGGUCCAGAAGGUGUUCGCAUCAACAAUGCCAGCACCGAAACUGCUAUGUUGAGCAAGGGAAUCGAAGAUUUGAUGCCACUUAUAAGGAAACGAGUCGCUGAAACUUAUCCUCUUGGAAGAAUCGGUGAAUCUGAAGACGUUUCCAAUGCAAUAGUCUUUCUUGCCUCUGAUAUGGCAUCUUUCAUCAGUGGUUCCUGUUUACCUGUAGAUGGUGGAUCACUUGAUGGAUCCUACACUCACACUCCACCAGAUAUCAUGAAAAUGAUUUGUAAAUAG